GGGGCUGUUUCUCCGAGCAUCUACAUUCCAAACGCUCCAUUGCCAGUAGAGAUCAUUCUUAGCCUGAAGACAAAGAGAGAAGCCCACGCUGGUGACUUGGUUGGGACUCCGGAUCCACCGCCCUAAAUCAAUUACAAUUUUAUUUGGUUAGGCUGCUCCGUGUUUCCACUAUACUCAAACUGGACAGUGUUCCUUCUCUACCCAAUGGAGAGCACUUACCGGAUUUGACUUCACUCUUCAUCUAUCUUCCUCUACUCAUCCACUGACGGUUGAUCUGUUCUCAGUGGAACGCUCGCUGUGCACCUGCGCUUGGGAGAAGGGCGUGGAGAUACACACGAAAGGUACUCGUACGCGGCCAGGCUGAGUGAACAGGGGAGUUGGCCCGGUUCUUCCGCGCGCAUGGAGGGAGACGUUAUGGACAAGCUAGAUAGCAUGGCUGCGGUGUGUGACUUCGAUCCCAUUGCGGGAAGCGUCCCGGCCACCAAAGUGGAGAUCACAGUGUCAUGCAGGAAUCUAUUAGACAGAGACACAUUCUCCAAAUCUGAUCCAUUGGUGGUGUUGUACACACAGGGCGUGGAGACCAAACAGUGGAGAGAGUUUGGGAGAACGGAGGUGAUUGACAACACUCUAAACCCAGACUUUGUUAGGAAGUACAUCCUGGACUACUUCUUUGAGGAGAAGCAGAAUCUACGCUUUGACGUAUACGAUAUCGAUUCCAAAAGUCCCGAUCUGGCGAAGCAUCCCUCCGACAUUGACCAGGACUUCUUGGGGCAGGUGUUCUGUACUCUGGGAGAGAUCGUAGGAUCCCCCGCCAGUCGACUGGAGAAACCCCUGGGUGGUAUCCCUGGGAAGAAAUGUGGCACCAUCAUCCUUUCAGUCGAGGAGCUGGGGAACUGCAGAGAAGUUGCCACCAUGCAGUUCUGUGCCCACAAGCUGGACAGGAAAGACUUCUUUGGGAAGUCGGACCCCUUCCUGGUCUUCUACCGGAGUAACGAGGAUGGAACGUUUACUAUCUGCCACAAGACAGAGGUUGUGAAGAACACUCUAAACCCAGUGUGGCAGGCCAUCGCCAUCCCUGUCAGAGCACUGUGCAACGGAGACUUCGAUAGGACGAUCAAGGCAGAGGUGUACGACUGGGACAGAGAUGGCAGCCAUGACUUCAUCGGUGAAUUCACCACCAGCUACCGAGACCUGUCCCGAGGCCAGAGCCAGUUUAAUGUGUACGAGGUGGUGAAUGCCAAGAAGAAGAUCAAGAAGAAGAGAUACAUCAAUUCUGGGACGGUGACCAUGCUGUCGUUCGCGGUGGAGUCAGAACACACAUUCCUCGACUACAUUAAAGGAGGAACUCAGAUUCACUUCACGGUGGCCAUUGAUUUCACAGCAUCCAAUGGCAACCCGUCCCAGUCCACCUCCCUCCACUACAUGAACCCGUACCAGAUGAAUGCAUACGCCAUGGCCCUGAAGGCUGUCGGGGAGAUCAUUCAGGACUAUGACAGUGACAAGAUGUUCCCUGCUCUGGGCUUCGGAGCCAAGCUGCCCCCCGAUGGACAUGUGUCCCACGAGUUCCCCUUGAAUGGUAACAUAGAGAACCCUUACUGCAACGGAAUGGAGGGGAUUCUAGAAGCAUACCAUCAGAGUCUGAAGACUGUACAACUCUAUGGACCCACCAACUUCUCUCCGGUUGUCAACCAUGUGGCAAAGUACGCAGCGGUCGUACAGGACGGCUCUCAGUACUUUGUCCUGCUCAUCAUCACAGACGGAGUCAUAUCAGACAUGGCCCAGACCAAGGAGGCCAUCGUCAAUGCUGCUAAGAUUCCUAUGUCUAUCAUCAUUGUUGGAGUUGGACACGCUGAGUUCGAUGCCAUGGUGGAGUUGGACGGUGAUGACAUCAGAAUCUCCUCGCGAGGGAAGCUAGCAGAAAGAGACAUUGUACAGUUUGUCCCGUUCAGAGACUACAUGGACCGGACAGGAAACCACGUGUUGAGUAUGGCCCGGCUAGCCAAAGACGUCCUGGCUGAGAUCCCUGAACAGCUCAUCCUCUACAUGAAGAAUAGAGGUAUCAAACCCUGUCCCCUGCCUCCACCCAAUGAGGAACCAGGCCCUGAGGACCAGGACCACACCCACCCCUAUCUGAGCCCCACCCCCACUCCCAUCUGAGGCUCCAACCCUGGAGAAGUAGUUUCAGGGUAGGGUGGGUGGUAGCCUGGAUGGUGCACCCCCUCAUGGAGAAAAGAAAUGUGGAAAUGCUUCAAGGCACAUUUUUCUCCGUCUUUACAUAUUCAUCUGGUUGUCGUGCUGAACAAAUAGCACUCUAUUUUCUUUGGAACGAGACUUCAGAAAGACUGCUUUGAGCAACAACAAAAAAAGCUGAAGAUCGGGGAGUUUUACUUUUGAGUUUCAACGCCUGAUUGGGAGGGUGGAAAGAGGGAUAAGGAAGAGAGGAGGAGAAGAAGAGAAGAGAAAUGUAAAGGAAUGUUAGGCGUUAGAUGUCAAAGUGGUGACGUAAUGGGUAGUAUACCCUUGGGUAGCGAGGGAGGUUUUUUGAGGGCAUUAUUUAUUAGAACGUGCCAGUUUGUGUCCUGUUUGUUCAUAUGAUACCUUUUAGAGUGGUUGUCUAUGUGGGACUAAGAAAUCAUCUGUAUAAUGAUUUAUUUAUUGUAAUAACUACAGUAUUUAUUCAUGGGGGAUGGGGAUCCUCAUAUUUUCCCAUUCCAAUUGUUGGGGUGAUCAAUGCUAUAAUUAAUUGUUUAUUUCUACUUCAAUUAGUACUGUAAUAUAAAGCAUGUUUAUAAUUAGAUAAUAUCCAGCUGUUUAGGAAUAGUUAGGAACGAUGAAGAUGAGUUAUUUGACAUGUUUGACUGUAACAGUUAUUCAGAGGACCAGUUGUUUGUGUGACAGUUUACCUUCCUGCAUCAUAUACAAGACAUACUUACCCUACACAUAUUCAAUGUGUAUCAAUAAAAUGCACUAUAACAGGCCAAAUUAAAAGCACAAAUAUCAUAUACAAUGCAUUGAUACUGAAGUAUAUAUCACAAUUAUAUACAAGCUAACCAACAGCUACCACAACAAGAUACAAUGGAAAGGACUGUUAUAAUUCAUUUCUUCCAGUUCUAGAAUAUCAUUGUUGAUGAUUUACUUGACAUUCUACAUUCUUUAAUAUUAUAAUUAUUUCUAGUUAUGCAUGAGCGUAGCCACAUCUUCAGAGGCCUAGAAUUUACAUAGCAUUUGCAUAGUAUUUACAUAGCAUUUACAUAGUCGUAGUAUGUGGAGGGAAUGCCAUGUCGUCUAUAAGAUCCUUCUCAUUAUAUUUGCUGUGGUCGAUGUUGUUGUUUCUGUUUUGAUUGUUCUUCAUCCCUUGCGCACCGUGCCAUGGAUAUUAGGGCAGCGGGUGUAUAACGGUGAGAAAGUUGGUAUAAUGUUAGUUUGGUUUCUUCAGUUCGAUGUCAAGUCAACCACAAUCCUUUUUUUUGUUGGACUAGAUUGUUUGUUUUUGAACCGGCUGGGAAAUACUUUGAGAACGGCAUAAUAGAACAAUUGGAAGUAUUGUAGUAAACUGUAUAUUCAUUGUGUUUAUAACAAGUCAUUGAAAGGGAGUCAAUAUGUAAAAAGCAACUGCACAAAGAGCAGUUGAAACCAUGAACAAUCUGUUUUCCUCACUUCAACUGGAAUACUGAUAGAUUUCCAACUCGCUGCCAGGGAUGUAUUGACGUCUUUAAUUGAAGUUAUUGAUGUAUAAUGUGACCGACUGGGGUUCGAACCCGGGUUUGCUAAGAACCGCAAGACUGUAUUAGCCCGCUAAGAUAAACCCUAGCCAUUAGCUGAAGGGGCCAACACAAGUCGUCAUGUUUCGGACAAGGUUACUCAUAACACGAGCCUGGUUCUGAACUGCCUCUGUUACACUGUAUGUAUCAAGACAACUUUCCAUUGGUAUAAUGCCAUCUAUGACUUGUUGUUAUAUUGCCAAAUUGAAGUUGUUGACAUAUUAAAGUAGUAGUUUCCUGAGCGAACAGCAGAGCAGCGUAACCACACAGCAGAGCAGCAUAACCACACAGCAGAGCAGCAUAACCACACAGCAGAGCACUAUCACCACACA